CUGUCUUUUUUUUUUUUUUUUACUUUCUCAUUUUCCAUCCCUUUCACUUUCAGUUCAGAAAAAUGCCACAUGAUUAAAAAGUUUGGUGGUUACCAUGGUUAACAGUCAGCCUUUGUGGACCUUACAGCGUCUGACGUCAUGACGCACCGCUGAAAAUAUAGAACCCGGAACCAGAGGAGAGAAGCUUAGUAACCGGCACGAACUGUCACAGAGAGCUUCGGCGGAUAUUUUAUCUUCAUUUACUGUCUUUUUUGGCCGUUUGAACCAGACCUCAGGAGGAUCCAUUUGGAGAAGACGUGAACCAAGAUGUCGAACGGACACGUGGAAAUCCACGACCUGUUCUCCUCCCACCACAGCCCGUCCAGCGGCUCAGACCCUGAAUCCACCUCAGACAGCAACAGAAUGGACGACACGGUGGAGUUCAGGUUGAUGAUGGCGUUCGCACAGAGGCGACGACCGCAGCAGCAGCAGCAGCAGGAGGAGGAGGCGAAGUCAAAUGCAGUCGACGGACCGGUGAAGGAUAGCAGAGAUGCUAACGGAACGACGACUCCAUCCCAGACACCAGAGAAGACUGAGGUGAGAAAGAAGAAGAAGAGGAAGGGAUGGAAACGUCUGUCGAGCAUUUUAAAAUGUGUCAAACCUCAGACAGAAGACCCAGAACCACAGCGACCGCCUCAACACAACGCCAACUUCAGGACUUUAAAUCCUCCAGCUGAUGAGCGACUGCCGGUGAAGUCACAUGAACCCGAUGAGGCUAAAGACGACGAUCGUUUGGCCAAGGCUGUGAGCAGACUGACGGAGAUCGCUGAAGAAAUCCCCUUCACUCCUCCAGAGUGGGAGACGGACUCCAAAGACGGUGAGGCGGAGAAGCUUAUUGGUCUGAUUCUGAGGGAAAGUGGAGACAGACUGAAUGAGCAGGAGCUGAAGAACGCCAACAUCGCAGCAGAACUGUUCUGGAACUACAGCUUCUUUAGGGAGCUGAUAAAUAAACUGCUCAUGAUGAUGGGCCUCAGGAACCCCGACCCCGAGGCUCUGGGGCCUCAAGCUUCACCCAAAACCCAGAUCGCCGUCACCUGUGAGGUCACCAGUCGUCUCUCUGAGGUGAACUCUCUGCCCACAAACCUCCUGAUGCGCCACGGAGCCCGAUACCUGCAGGACUACUACGCCACCUGGGCUCAGCAGCAGGGCGGAUACGAGGCAGCCUUUGAGGAAGACGAGGAUGAAGUAGAGUGAACUGGACGAGGUCUUCUAGCUCCACAGCGCCUCCUGCUGGCCGUCAAAGAAGCAGCAUUACAGUGAGGAGCACAGAACAGGAGAUUAGUGCUUUUAUUCAGACAAAUCUGCUCACAUAAGAACGUCUGCAGCUCUGAGCGUUAAAACAAACGAUCAUGUCCUCUCAGGGGCGACGAGACGGAGAAUAAAUUAUUUUUGUACCGUUUAUAUCCUCUGUGAUUAAAGCUGUCGAUUUCUGAGGACUUUUUGAAAUCAGCAUUAUUUGCUUUGUGGUUAGAAAGAAGAAAUAGAAGUGUAGUUUAGUCAGCACUUGCACUUUUUAAUCAUGGAACACCAGAUGUGUGAUAGAAGUGGUGUUGUUUGUGUUGUUAGAUUUUUAUUUUGUGAACGGUUUGUGUAACAGGAAUAAAUAAUGACCAUUUAUAUCACAAUGCAUUCUGUCAGGUUUCACGUUAAGUGCAGAAAUGUGUUUGAAAACUGCCUAAAUGCUACUUUUUUUAAAUAAUCUGCUAUAGUUUGAUAAGUGAGCUCAGGUGAAAACAGCACUGCCAUGUGGCCAAAUGGGGAACUGUAACAAUGAGUCAAAUUAGAAUAGAUGAGUAAUUGUUGUUCAUUUUAUGGAUAUAUUGACAUGUUUUAUUCUUGUGACAAGUUGUUGUAUUUAUUUUAAUAAAUUCAUCACAAAGUAAACGAU